CUUUUAGUAGCGGCAAUCGAUCAUCAGAGCCUUAGGGAUAAGUACUGCUUAGGGGAUCCAGUGAUUCAAAGUGAUCAAAAGAAUUUUCUUUAACAGUAAAAGGACAAAUUUAUGCAAGUUAUUUUAAGGGUAUAUUUCUUUCAACGUAUAACAAAGUGAUCAUGAAGUCGUUCUUCGUCAUUGUAGUAGUCUUUGGGGUGUUCUGCCACGGCAGUGGCCAGAACGCGCCCACCGAGAGCGACCCCCUGUCGAAGGUGAACGAGGUCAUAAACACGAUCCAGCUGAAAGACCUGAACAUCACGCAACUGCCGAUCGGCGAGGCGGAGAACGCGCUGCGCAAAAAGUGCGAGAAGAACGCCAACGCCCAGGCGUACGACACGGCCAAGCAAGCCGGCGCCCAAGUGUUCGAUUGCAUGAAGGGCCUCGUCAACGUCACCCAACUCAAGGAUGAAAUGGACAAGGCCAGGCCCACGGGUGACCUCGACGAGGUGUUCAAGAAGUACUGCGAGAAGAAGCCCGUGUUCAAAAAGUGCUUGCUCGACUUCACCGCUGCCGUCGAGCCCUGCCUCGACAUGGACGAGCGCGAGAAGAAACAGAUUGUCCACAACAUCACCGAGAAGAUCCUCAACUUUGUUUGCUUCAAGGAGGGCAACCGUAUUGCGCUGUUUGUCGCGGCCAAAGGACCCGAGUGCUUCCAAAACAAGGCUCAGGCCAUUGCAAACUGCGCCAACUCGACCUACGGAAGCUUCAGCGGCGGUAGCGCUUUGCCGUUCAAUCCGGCAGCUGGAUUCACUGGUAUCCCCGAAAUCAAGGAAAUCCCUUCGCUCAGCUUUGACGAGAAGACUUGCCGAAACAUGAAUUCAUUCCAAGUAUGCGUAGUGAACGCUUUGGAGGGGUGUGAAGAUCCAACACCAGCCAAUCUUUUAGACUCCAUUUUCAACUACAUCAAAAAGGUCACUCCCUGUGAUAAGUUUCUUAGUUCAUGAACCUAGAUGAGGCAGUAGAAAUAUUUUUAUUAACGUUGCCAUUUUCUUCUGGACAGAAGUCAACUAGGAAAAUAAAAUAAUCCGUCAUGGCUUAUAUAGUUUCACGACUACCAUGAUUUUUUUAUUUUGAAGCAAAAGAUUAUCGUACAUUUGAAUUUUUAUAUCAUUAAUUAUUAUACGUAAGUU